GCUGACCUUGCCCAGAACAUACGCUGCACGACCUUCAGACUGUCGUCAUUGUUUCAUGAUAUAGCGUCAAUGUAUGUUGCGCGUUGUUUCUUAAAUGGCACUAUUCAUCAGAAGGACGGACAAUAUGUGUGUUUAACGGUAGAAGCUGGUGAACAUGCUCAACAGACAGUGUGUUAUGAACUCGAAUUCGACCAAGAAAAAGAGAGAAGAAGCAAAACGACAAUCUUUUGUGCCACCCACACCACUGACAAGAAGCAGGUUUCCAGUCGUUGUAAACAAGACACACACAAUCCUAUUAUUCACAACACCAAACAACAGCUUUUGCGAGAAGCUCAUACCCACUUCAUCAUUCAUACACCUUUUGCAGCCUGUCGAUACAACCGAUUUUGAUGGUAACGCCGUUUGCAUGACAGAGAUUGUUGUAGAAUUUCUGGAAACAGGAAGCGAAGUGGUCGUACUUAAAUAUGGCGAAGACGAGCGGAUCUAUACAUUCCUUGUCACCGGUGGUAAUGUAAAAGGUCCCUGUGAGUCACCCGACAUCUGUCAAAAUGAAGGAGUUUGUUUUGCACGUGCAGAAAAUAACCAUAAGUGUAUGUGUGGAACAAACUAUACCGGACCUUCAUGUGAAAGAGGGCCCUGUCAUAAUACAAAUACCUGCCAAAAUGGAGGACACUGUUUUGUAAAUAAUAGCGUUACCACUUGCGUUUGCAAGCCAGGUUAUCACGGACAAAUCUGCUCAAACGAUAUAGUAGCUAACACGUUACACGAGAACACUUGGCCUGCAAUCGACAGAACAUCCGGUAUUGUAAGAAACAUAUCUUGCAUCGCCGGAAAAGAGUGUGAAGUGUAUGCAUUUGUAAUCUACAGUUCAAGACCGCAAGUUGCGCUUGGGUAUACGAGCAAAGGCAUCGAUGCGAAUGUGGAAAUCUUUGAAACAGACUCAAUGCGUGGAAUAUAUCAGGUCAAAAUUGGUAUGGUAUCCAAGCUUGCUGUUAAACACACGGUGUGUUUGCAGACAUUUGAUAAUGAUCGAACUAACAAAGACGAAGUUUGUUUUUAUGUCAAUGUGACGCAAGAUACGAAUGAUGUCUACGUAGCGAAGGAUAAACCACAUUUCGUAUCACCAAGUCUUCAAAGUGAUUCCGUUGUUGAAUGUGUUACUGGCGAACAGUGUCGCGUAUCAUAUACAGCAAAACCAGGGCAUGGAAAUGAAACUAAGUGCAUAUCAGCGUCUUUGUCAACAGAUGUACCUAUUAUUCCAUUUGAACACGUCAUAUACUCGAGCUGUGAAUUAUGCGAGGACGACAAAACGGCUAAUAAAAGCUGCACAUUCGACGUUGUUUUUGUUCCAACAUCUUACAUAACUGAGGAAAAGAAAAUUUGCCUGACAUUAAGUUCGAGCAAGGAAGAAAAUGCUUAUGUUUUAUUGUCAUUACCACAGAUCGAGGGUGAAAAGCGAUGUUUCAAGGUCUCAAAUGAUAUUCGCGCACGUGGUAUUGGUUGCCAGAAAUUACAAUGCCUGCAUGGAGGAUUUUGUGACGGACACGAAGCGGAUAAACCGGUUUGCUAUUGUAGAAAGGGAUACUCUGGAACAAAGUGUGAAAUUUCUAGUGCGGGUACCAAUAACAAUACAUGUGUAAAGCAAUUCCUUGGGAAGAAUACUUUAAACUUUAGCUGCCAAGUCGGCGAAACAUGUUCCUUCCCAGUUGAAGUAUGUGGCGCAAAUAGUAUGACCAUGGAGCUGGCUUACAAUUCAGCUUUAAUCGACGUAAAAAUGGAUGCGGAUAAUAUCAUCGGAAUAAAUAGUUGUUGCCAGUUUCGGAAAGUUCAUGUGAAAGCCAACAGUGCAGGCCCUCGUAUGCUAUGUGUACAAAUGUCGAAUUCUUCUGGAACUAUCGAAGAUGAAGUUUGCCUUCAGGCGCAAAUAAACGAUGGUUCUCCAGUUAAUAUAGAUAAGACAAAACCACACUUUGUGCACCCAACCUUGCCGAAAACCGCAACGUUUGUUUGCAAAGUUCGCGAAGUCUGCCAUUUAUUGAUGCAUUAUUUCGCAAGCGAUAUUCCACAAACGUCAUCAUGCCCAACCCUGAAAGACACCAGUUCAAAUGAUAUUGAAGGUCUUCAUGUUUUUCAACCAGAGGUGUCAAACGACUACUGCGUCUCCGAUGUUUCAUUUAAUUAUAACCAUACAGGAACGUUUUCGUUGUGCCUGCAAGUGUCGGUUCCAAGUAAAAAAGGUGAAGAGAGAUGCUUUAAACUAAAAGUCGUGGAGGAUGCAAAUGUUCCUAAAGAAAGCGGUCAUUGUAAAGGCAUCACAUGCUUUGGAAAAGGUGUCUGUGUCGCAAAUUUUAACAACACGCAGAAUUGCUCAUGCCCCGAAGAUCAUGAAGGACCAGAAUGCAGUAUUUAUAAAACAACAACUGAACAAACUACUGCGACAUUUUCGCCCACAACCACUACAGAUCAACGAAGUUCUCCAUCUGUCGGGGCUGCAGCGGGAGGUGCUGUAGGCGGAACGCUCCUGGCAGUAAUCUUGGUGAUGCUCUGGAAAUAUAGAAAAGCGUUUACACGUAAACCUGGAGAAGGUGCUCGUUACGAUGACCUGUUCAAUAGACAAGCCAAUGUCCCUGCUGCCAAUACCAGUUCCGAAUAUGAAACCUGCAAAGUCGAAUCACAGCACACAAACCAGUACGAGACAUUGGCUGAAACUUCUUUCCAUGAGUAUUCGGUGUUAUCACUUGGCGGCAAACAGGAUUAUAGUGUAAGGAACCGUGUAACUCAAGUUACUGAAACUGAUCGUGCUGUCGUGAAUCAGGAAAACGCUUAUGUCAAUUUGUCAUUUUCAGAAACAUAAAUAUCGUUUCAUUUUGAAAUUGGAGUGAUUACAUCAACUUUUUUUAUAGCGCACAUUGAGCGUUGUUUGAUUAGAGCUUUUAACGAUAUUUAAUUGUAAGUAUGUGUUGAAUGUGUAUUGUAUUAAUACAGGAAAUAUUUGAAUUUAGAUUGUUUAAUAUUUGUUAUUCAUAUUGAAACAUAUAGAGAUAGAUUUAAUUGACCAUAAGCAUAUUUAAUGUUACGAUACGAAUGUAGCUUUUAAAUUCAACUAAUCAACGCUUGUUAUUAUCAAACUGUUUUUCGUUGAUGAUAUGACUACUUUAUUCUUACAAAUAUGAAUAUAGAAAAUAUCAAAUAGUUAAAUAAUAAGUUGAAGAUUUUAAGUGGAAUAUUUAACAAAACAAGUGAAUUUAACAGUAACAGAUAAUACACUAUUUAAUAACUUAUAGUAAACAUAUGUAUGACGAAAAUCAGUUACAUAAUGAAAGCGUUUACCAAUUAAUGUUAUACAACUCAAAUAUAUUUUACACUAAUGUUAUUGAUAUCGUUAUGCUAUUAAUUUCUUAAAACUAUAUGAAUAUACACGAACGACAUGUAUUACAUGAUUAAUAGUAUUUGAAAGAUAUCACUAGAUAUAUGGUGGUUAUUUAUUAAACACCUUUUGAAUCAUAUCUUAGACUAAAGAUCGUUCGUAGCACAUUAUCAAUGUACACGUAUUUGUUACAAGUGUUAUUAAGGGAAACUGUAAUGUGUUUGUAGUAUGUGAAUGUUUUGCAUAUAAAACAGUUGUUUUAUCAUGGAAAUUGUAUUUUUGCGAGAGAGUUUUACACUCAACGAAAUGAGCAGUUUCUAUCAAUAAACUACAGACACAAAAAGUAAAACAAAAUCAAACGUUCAAUGUGAAGCUAGUGUUUGGAAAUCAUUCAAGCACCAGUGACAAUUUGACGACGAAAACAUAUGAACCAUGCACAAUAAAAAUACUAUCCAAUAUGUUUUGUGUUAAGACAAUAAGACAGUUAACAUAUGUUCACAUAUAUGCAGUUAACGGUAAAUCACAGGUAAAUCACAGGAUAGUGUCAACCAGUAUAUCCGAUUAACUCGUCACGCUCGAGUAAAGCGCGUAACUGUAGAUAUUUGUGGACGCUUGUGGACGCUUUAAAUCAGUGGCGUUUCAAUACUUCAAAACUGACACUUAUCAGCUUAAACCGACACAAAUUAAACAGUCUUGACAAAUUGAAUAAAAGGCCCCACUCCUCAUCGGCAAGUGAAGGCAACACCGCCGAAAACAGCUAUGUAGACUUGUCGGUGUUUGAAACGCCAAACAACCAGCCAAAAAAUCAGCGAGCAAAAAGAAAACAAAGAUAGAUCAGGAAAAUCCUAAACAGAAGUCUUUAGCUAAUUAUCUUAAAGGCAAACAAACAGAGGAUAAAUCCGAUUCUUUCAGUAUAGAAAAACAUCUAGAGGACAUUAACGCAAAACUGUCAAAUGUUCUCACGUUGAUCCUUAAAAAUCGGAUAAAAGAUACUCUUGAAGAGGUCAAAGUUUCUUGGGGAUGUAGUUAAACGUUUAGAAAUCCUUGAAGGCAACUUAUUUGGCCAAACAAAAGAAAUUGAAACGCUGCAGAAACUAGUUCAAACUAAAAACAAUGAAAUAAACAUGCUUAAGCAGAAACUAGAUGAUGUAAAUCAAAAGCACGCGGAACAACUCCAUGAUCUAGAACAAUAUGGCCGCAGAAAUUCAAUUCGUAUAGCGGGAUUGCCUAGCGACUCGGAAAACCAGCCAUCGGCAGUCGUUGCAGAUGAAAUUGCCUCGUUACUUACCAAAAAGCUAGGAAUGCCGAUUGCAACAACAGACAUUGAUGUUGCUCAUCGUCUGGGAAAAUUUGUGAAAAAUGAAAGCAGGCCGGUUAUUGUAAAGUUCUUAAGGCGACAAACAAGGAUUGAACUAAUGAAAAGAGCAAACAUGCUAAAAGGCUCACGUCUUUUCAUUAAUGAAGACCUAACGAAGCUCAGCGCAGAGGUUUUGGCAUCGCUAAGACUCAAAGCACCAGAUCUCAUUGAAAAGGCAUGGUCCUUUGAAGGCAAACUCUUCGUGCGAUACCGAGGCAGCGAUAGACGAGAGACUGUGUCGUAUGAGAAUUAUCGAGAAUGGCUUGACAAACCCUGGCCUCAGAAAAAUACAACUGCAAAUCACACAUACGCGCGAAAGGUGUCGGACGGUGGCAGUAACACAGGAUAAACUACCUAAACACAUUCAUCGUCAUCUGUAUAGUGACACUGUCUUCAUACGUAUUACCCUGUUGUAUGUGCUAUUACCUUCCUGUUGGCGUCUUCACUCGAAAUAGAACAAUACUGUUAUAAAAUCAUUAUAGUGACACGAAAAGUUAUCAUAGGCAACUGUUCUUUUUUUAUACAUUAUAUAGAAAAUUUGUAGCUUUAACAACUAGAUAAACAUUUUAUAUUUUAUACUUUAAACGUAUAUUCUUGAUAGGUAUAUGCUACUUCAUAGAGAUAUAAAAUAAUAUGCAUGAGUACUUAAAACGUUUCCUUUUGCGUGUCAAUAUGUGUUCCCUUUUGUUGUUUAAAUGUGUAUAUUAUGUAACUGUGUGUUUCUUUGUGUUUUGCAAUUAUGUAUGGCUUGCAUACACACACAAACCGUACACAAACAAGCUCACACGCACGUACGCACACACACACACACAAACACACACGCACAUAUACACACGCAUACACACACGCAAACACACGCAUACAUAUUACUAAAUAUUCAACUCGACUAACAUUGUAUCUAACACUUUUUUUAAAACUAAAUAUGAUAUUUACAACAUUUUUAAACUUAUAGUGUCACUAUAUGAAUAAUGCUUGGAGACUAACUUUUUGCUUUAUUUUUCCUUCUUCAUUUGGAUAAAUUUUGCACAUGAAAGCAUAGAACACUUAAACCAAUUUCGUUUUUUGGUUUAGGUUUAAAUGUUCAAAAAUUCAUAAAAUGCUAUCGAUGGCUUGCCUGUUGUUGCAUCUUCCAUAUAUUUCAAGAAUUAUUGUUUUUCUUUAUGAAAAUGGAAGGUGUAUUCUUGAUGGGUAUAUUUUUCUUUAAAGAUAUAUAAAAUAAAAUGCAUGUACUUAAAACGUUUCUUUUUGCGUGUCAAUAUGUGUUCCCUCUUUGUUGUUUAAAUGUGUAUAUUUCGUAACUGGUUUUUUUCUGUGCGUUUUUUCAACUAUGUAUGGCUUGCACAAGCACAUAAACCGUACACAAACCAGCUCAAACGCACGCACGCGCGCGCACACACACACACACACACACAAACACACACGCGCAUACGCACACGCAUACACAUGCAUUAAUAUUCAACUCAACUAACAUUGUAUCUAACACAAUUUUUUUAAAUACUCUUUCUAAAUGAGAGAUUUACAACAUGUUUAAACUGGUAGUGUUACUACAUGUAAUUAUGCUUGAGAACUCACUUUUUGCUUUAUUUUUCCUCCUUUAUUUGGAAAGUUUUUGUACAUAAAAGCAUAGAGCACUUAAACUAAUUUCGCUUUCGGUUGAGGUUUAAAUGCUCAAAACUGCUUUAAAUUUCAUCGAUGGCUUGCCCGUUGUUACAUCUUCCAUAUAUUUCAAGAAAUGUAGUUUUUCUGUAUGUAAACUGAAGGUGUAUUUUUGAUGGGUAUAUGCUUCUUCAAAGAGAUAUAAAACAAUAUGCACGAGUGCUUAACACGUUUCCUUUGCGUGUCAAUAUGUGUUCCCCUUUGUUUUUUAAAUGUGUAUAUUUUGUAACUGAUUGUGUUUUUUCCAAUUAUGUAUGGCUUGCACAAGCACACAAACCAUACACAAACAAGCACAAACGCACGCACGCACGCGUACACGCACACGCAAACACGCACACGCAUACACACACAUAAACGAACCCGCGCGCACACCCCUUUACACGUACAUGCACAAAACACGCGCAUUACACGCGCGCUCAACACGCGUGCACACACCCGCACACUCAAACACGAACACAUACGCUCCGAACCAUCCCUCACACACACUGUAAUAGUUCUUAUUGUUAUAUUAGUAUUAAAUAAGAUACCAAUCUACGGUGUUAUAUAUACAUCUUGUCUCUCAGAUCACUAUCUCAAUUAGUUUUCGUAUUUGCUGUUUACGGAAGUGCGCUUUUGUAUGUCUCAAUUGGGAACCAGUUGUUUAUUGUUGUUUUCUUUUCUCACUUGUGUAAUUAUUUUUCUAUACGUCUUGAUUCCUAUGGAAUGAUCAUCUUUUUGUAGCCCUAGUUUUUGUUUUAUAUUUUUGUUUGUAUAUAUGGACAUCUUAUACCUUUUAAUAGAAACUAACUGGACAUUUUAUUUUAAUAGAAACCAACUGGACAAGCACACACAAAUUAUCACCUACACCACCCUCUAUCUCUUUAAAUGGUUAAAAUAUGUUCUUUAAAUGUAAAAGGGCUCAACAAUAUAGACAAACGCCUAAAAAUCUUCAAAUGGUUAGACGAAAAAAAAAGGAAUGCUUAUUACAAGAAAUUCACUUGACACACACUUUAGCACAAACCUUAAAAGAUGAAUGGGACGGGGACAUCUACCUCAGUGGACAAUAUACUAAUAAACAAGGCAUUGCCUUUCUGAUUAAAAGUAACAUAGGGAUCACAGUUGAUAACCUUAACGAAAUAAUAAUUGGCAGACUAGCAAGCAUAGAUAUCAAAAUACACGAAACACAAAUAACAUUAAUCAACGUUUACGGUCCUAACAUAGAUGAUUCCACAUUUUACGAAACAUUACAAUCCUUUAUAAUUAAUAACCAAAAUAAAAAUAUUAUAAUCGGUGGUGAUUGCAAUACUGUCCUGAACCCAUGAUUAGAUAAAAAGAAUGGAUACCUUUAUACUCAUCCUAAAAAUAGAAACAUUUUAAAUAACAUUAUUGAAAACUACAAUAUGAUAGAUAUCUGGCGUACAGUAUACCCAAACGAAAGCAAAUUCACCUGACACUCAAACACAAAACCAACAAUAUUUUGUAGAUUAGACUAUUUUUUAAUAUCUGAAUCUCUUUGCAACAUAAUUGACACAUGUAACAUAAAACCAGGAUUAAUGACUGACCACUCUCUAGUUGAACUUAAACUGCACAAUAUACAACAUGAAAGAGGCCCAGGAUACUUUAAAAUUAACAACAGUAUCUUAUUGGAUACACAAUAUCAAACACAAACAAAACAGGAAAUUUUAAAUACAGUUAAUAAUACAAAAUAAUAAAGAUGCAAACCCAAACACCUUAUGGGAAGUAAUUAAAGGAAAUAUACGUAACACAACAAUUAGAUACACAUCAUUUAAACAAAAAAAAACACACAAACUUGAAACUGAAACCAUCAAAACACUUGAAACACUUGAAAAACAAUUGCAUCAAACAAACACAAAUGACACCACCGACAUUGAAAAUGAAAUAACAUUAAAAAAACAAAUAUUAGAUGGUAUCUAUCAUACACAUCUCAAUGGAAUAAUAGUAAGAGCGCGUGCACAGCAUGUUGAACACAAUGAAAAAAAUACAAAAUACUUUGCAAACAUUGAAAAACGUAAAAGUGGAACCCUCUAUAAACAAAAACAUGUUAAAAAUAACACCCUUUUUAAAAAUAUACAUCACGCUUUAAACCAAGAGGAAAAACAACUGUGCGACGGAUUGCUUAAUGAAUAUGAAUGUGGAUUAGCCCUAAAAGAAAUGGAACAUAACAAAAGCCACGGAUGUGAUGGCAUCACAAUCGAAUUUUAUAAAAUAUUCUGGAGUGACAUAAAACACAUGUAAUUAAUUCACUUAACUAUUCAUUUAACAACGAAAACUUAACUACACUACAAAAACAAGGUAUUAUAUCACUUAUUCCAAAACCUGCAAAAAAAUUAGAAUCCUUAUCAAACUGGCGCCCGAUUAGUAUACUUAACAAUGAUUAUAAAAUUGCAACUAAAAAUAUAGCAAACAGAAUAAAAAAAAUAUUACCAUCAAUCAUUUUAAAAUCUCAAUCUGGUUUCAUAAAAGGACGUUACAUUGGUGAAAACGUUCGUCUUAUCCAUGAAUGCAUAAACUUUUUCAACAAUUCAAACAAUCCUGGUCUAAUAUUCUUUGCAUACUUUGAAAAGGCAUUCGAUUCGCUUGAUCAUUCAUUUAUGUGCUCUUGCUUAGAAAAUAUGAACUUUGGUGAAAGUCUCAUUCAAUGGGUCAAACUAUUCUAUACCGAUAUUAACAGUAUAAUCAUUAACAAUGGCUUCUUUUCAAACAGUUUUAUCAUCGAACGAGGGGUUCGACAAGGUUGUCCACUCUCAUCAUCGCUAUUUAUUAUUCGCAUCGAGUAUCUAUCACAUCACAUCCAAUCAAAUAAACACAUAAAAGGCAUAUCACUAGAACCUGAUGCAGAUAUCAAACAGUCCCUAUUUGCUGACGAUGCAACUUAUAUUUUAAACGACAAUUACGAUUCUUUCCAUAACUUAAUAGAGUCACUAACCCUUUACGGAAUGACAUCGGGUCUUAAACUAAACAAAAGUAAAUGUACUGUGCUACGAGUAGGUAAAUUAAAACAAAGUAAUGUCUUAUAUAAAAAAAGAAAUGAAAUUUAAUUGGACAUCCGAUGAAGCCACAACGUUAGGAAUUACUUUCACAAAUAAUGAAAAGGAUACAGUUCUUAAAAACAUACUACCUAAAUUGCAGAAUUUUAAAAGAUGCUUAUAAUCAUGGCAUCACCGUAAACUUACACUUAUCGGAAAAAACACAGUAUUGAAAACGUUUGCACUUCCUAAAUUAAUUUAUGUAUUAACAGUUCUCCCAAAUCCACCAAAUGAUGUUAUUAACGAUAUAAAAUUAGCAAUAUUUAAUUUCAUAUGGGACGGUAAGCCUGAUAAAAUAAAACGAACUCGUUUAUUCAAUCUGUAGAAAAUGGAGGUAUCCAAUUAACGAACAUUGACUCAUUCUUGAAUGUAAUCAAAUGCAGCUGGGUUAAAAGAUACCUAGAUACUACCAAAACGAGUAAAUGGAAAUUAUUCUACCAGAAAAUCCUAAAAAAAUAUGGUGACUCCUUACUCUUUGAAUGUAACAUCAGCACUACUAUCUUACAUGAAAUUGCAAACGAAAACAUAUUUCUGUCUGAUGUUCUAUCAGCAUGGAGUGAUGUCACUCAUAACCUAGAAACCCAAACCAGCAGUAAAACUAUUUUAUGGAACAAUAAUAACAUAACUUCAAACAAUAAGACGUUUUUUUAAAAUAAAGAUUGGUUUGAACGAAGCAUUAAAUAUGUCGACCAAUUAUAUGACUACAAAAUUAAGGAUUUCUACUCUUUUGAUGAUAUAUGCUACGCAUAUGUAAUACCUUCAAAUCAUUUCCUGAAGUACUAAAAAACUAAUCAAAAGCAUACCCAUACAUAUUAAAUCUGAAAUCAAUACAAAUAAUACAUCAUGUACUCAAACAACAUUCGUAGAAAACAUACUUGGAAGAAAAAACAAAACGAAUAAAAUAUUUUACACACUACAAAUUGAAAACCCUACAGAAAACCCCAAAACCAAAAAUAAAUGGCAAGUCCUUUUCGGAGAACAUGUACUUAAUUGGAAACACAUAUUUACCAUGCCAUAUAAAGCAACUAUUGAAAGCACACUGAGAAAUUUUCAAUAUAAAUACAUCCAUAGAAUUAUAGCUACAAAUAAAUAUCUCUUUAAUGCAAAUUAUCUAACUCAAAUCUGUGUGACUUCUGCGGUGAAAACAUCGAAAAUAUAAAACAUCUUUUUUGGGAGUGCAAACACACCCAGCCUAUUUGGAAUCAAUUAGUAUCUUUUCUUGAACAACAGCAACUAAACGUUAAACUAUCUUUCUUAAAUGUAAGUUUCGGAAUUUACUCAUUGAAAUCAAUAGACUGUAAUAAUAUUGUGAAUUUUAUUCUUAUAUUGAUGAACUAUUUUAUCUUAAACAUGAAGUACAAAAAACAAGUACCAAAUUUAAAUUGUUUUGUCCAUAGUCUUAAUCUAAAAAUCCAGAUUGAGAAAGAAAUAGCCCUCAGUAAUGACACAUUACAAAUCUUUGAACAAAAAUGGAAUCGGAUUAAAUUCUCAUAAGGUUUGUCCACUUAUAUCAGGCUUCCUGAAAAGUCCCAAAAGGUGCCUGUCAACAGGACAGGCUGCUGGAAAAGUUUGCCUGUCCGGACAAAAAUUCACCUGUCCGAACAGCAUGAGUUUAUAACUGAAGAAUUUAGUAAAGUUUAACUCAUAUUUAUUACAAACAAUGCGCAUCCUGUGUUUAAGUA